GCAAGAUGGCAGCGAUUUAUGCUGGCGCACGAGACACUACCGUAUUUCUUGAUAUAAAAAAAAAAAUAACGAUUAAACAUUUGUCAUUUUGCCAAUUAAACUGUUAAAACGAAAAAUUUUUAUUAGACGUUCUUCAUGUUUUUUGGAGGUUCAUGUAUACAUAUUAUUAUUCUCGACAUAUUUGGAUGAAUCAAUGAAAGAAAGGGUAUUGCUGAUACCGUUUGACAAGUCUUUUUAUUGUCUCACAUACACACUAUCAUACUGAUAUCGAAUAUAUUAAAUUAUCUAUACAAAAAAACUGUGAAAAUUUCUAGUUUAUUAUCUCCACUAACAUACCAUAGUAGUUGCAACUACUUCAAUUCUGACGUCAUAACCGUAUAUACUAUUUUGCAGUCCAUUUGGCUGUGGAAUUGGUUUAGCUGGUCAGGAUCAUCAGCAACGAUGUUACGAGCAGCAGAAAAAAAAAUUCUUUCAUAUUUGAAAAAUGCGUAUCGUGGAUGGUAUGUUGACAUUGGACCAUGUGUUGGUACGGCAGACAAAUUAUGGACGAUUUCAUUGAACGAAGAUUCAUCUAAAACACCUAUUGUACUUCUUCACGGAUUAGGUGCUGGAGUAGCAUUAUGGUGUCUUAAUCUUGAUAGUUUAUCACAAGAACGACCAGUUUAUGCAAUGGAUCUUUUAGGAUUUGGUAGAAGCAGUAGACCAACAUUUAGUAAUGAUGCACGCGAAGCUGAAUCCCAACUGGUUCGUUCAGUUGAAGAAUGGAGAAGAGAAAUGCAAUUAGACAAAUUUGUAUUAUUAGGUCAUUCUAUGGGAGGUUUUUUAGCAGCAUCAUAUGCAAUUGAACAUCCUAAUAGAGUGAAACAUCUUAUUCUUGCUGAUCCUUGGGGAUUUCCUGAAAAACCUUCUGAUGUACAUAUGAAGUAUAAUAUACCUUUAUGGGUUAAAGUUAUUGGUUUUAUGGUUCAACCGUUAAAUCCACUUUGGGCUGUGAGAUUUGCUGGUCCUUUUGGUCAAUGGUUGAUUGAAACAACACGACCUGACAUUGUUAAAAAAUUUGUACCUGUCAUGAAGGACGAUGCUAAUAUCAUUUUCCAAUAUCUUCAUCAAUGUAACUCUCAAACGCCAUCUGGUGAGAGCGCAUUUCAUGCUAUGAUGCAAGGAUUUGGCUGGGCAAAAUAUCCAAUGAUCAAUCGAAUAGAUGAAAUGAAUGAAGAAAUUCCUAUCACUCUAAUAUAUGGAAGUAGAUCAUGGGUUGAUAACUCUUCGGGAGAAAUGAUUAAACAAAAACGAGUAAAUUCCUACGUCAAUAUACAUAUAAUAAGUGGUGCCGGUCACCACGUGUAUGCAGAUAAAAGUGAAAUUUUUAACAAACAUGUACUUGAUGCUUGUGCUUUAAGCGAUAAUAUCCCAAUAUUAACUUCAGCUUAUGUUAAACCGUCAAAUAAAAUACUUCCACAAGUGAAUUUUUCUACAUUACCAAUCGACUUAAGUGAAUCUAAAAACAAUGAAGAUCAAAAUGACGAAGACGAUGAAGAAAAACAACCAAAGACAGUGUCUAAUAGUCCAAAAUCUUCUUUGCUUUAACCAAAAUGAUUUUUAUUUACUUAGCACAAAUUAUUUUGCGAAAAACUUAUGAAUUAUAAAUAUUUCGGUGAUAAAAAUCACCUUUCUGUCAAUUUUUUUAUUAGUGAAAAUUUAAAAACUUAAUAUUGUCAUUAAGUCCUACUAAUAAAAUACAAUUUAUAAUAAAACUACUUAAAUUUAUUUUAAACAUCAAUGCAAUUGAUAUUAUAUAGAACUGUUUAUACUUGU